ACAAAGCUGCAGGAAACAUGGAACUCUCUUACACCUUCUUGAAAAUGCAAGUCAUGUUGCCUAGGAAAUACUUCUGUCCCCUAGUGUGCUGCACACGCCAGCACUGCAGCCACGGAAGAGACAGCCGGAGUUAUUCCAAGAAAGCUCUGGAAGUUUGACAAUAAGCGGAAGUGUCAUUUCUGCCCUCCGUCAAGGCUGGGGUUCUGGGAGUGCACAUGGCCGAGAGGAAACCGUGCUCAGCUUUGGGAGGUGAUUCCGUGCCGGGCUCCUGCACACGCUGGCUGGUGUCCUGGCCGGGCUGGGUGAGGGCACGCAUGGGGCCGUGUGCAGAGACUCCCAGUGCCUGAUGCGGUGUGAUGAGUGAGAGGGUGCCAGUUGGCUGGAAGGAUGUAGGUAAACAAGAGCAAAUAUCUACAGCGGUGCGCAGCCUGCCCGAGCUCCGAAGCUGGCUGCUGGACUUGGCUGGCAGCCUCUCAGCGGACUGGCUCCGGAGCAGAGGGGAAUCCGCAGGACGGAUCACAGAAGGUGCCUCCCCCUGCUAGUUAGGAGGACACUUUUAAAGCAUUUCCUUCUCACAUGACCAGGUGGCGUGGUGAGGGUGAACUGCUUGCUCGAAUGGUGGGUAAAGGUGUGACCGUGGACACAGCGAUGGAGGAAGCUGGGGGUGAGAUGCCCAGGAGCCCUGAGCCGUCCUUCCUGGCGACCCUGGGUGACCCACAGGUCACCCUGGUGUCCGUCCACAAGCGGUGGUCCUUCAGGAGGAACGCUGGGGCCAGGGGCUCCACCAGGCCAGUGACUUCGGAGGAGGAAGGAGAGUUUUCCCAGAAGGUUUUGAAUGGAACACGGGGAAUCCGUUCCAAUCAGAUCCUGUCUAAAGUUUCUCUGCCCGCUCGUGCCGGGGAGCCAGCAAUGAAGCAGAGUUUCGCCUUUGACAAUGUUGGCUAUGAAGGCGGCCUGGAUGGCGUGUGCCCCCCUCAGAUGACCAGCAGCACCAUCAGCAUUUCGGGCAUGACUUGCCAGUCGUGUGUAAAGUCUAUCGAGGGCAGGAUUUCCAGCUUGAAAGGCAUCGUGAGCAUUAAGGUUUCCCUGGAACAAGGCAGCGCGACCGUGAAGUACGUGCCGUCCAUCCUGAGCCUGCCGCAGAUUUGCCGGCACAUUGAGGACAUGGGCUUUGAGGCCAGCAUCGCAGAAGGAAAGGCCGCCUCCUGGCCUUCAAGGUCCUCGCCUGGCCUGGAGGCCGUGGUCAAGCUCCGGGUGGAGGGCAUGACCUGCCAGUCCUGCGUCAGCUCCAUUGAAGGCAGGCUUGGGAAACUGCAAGGGGUAGUGAGGGUCCGAGUGUCCCUCGGCACCCAGGAAGCAGUCAUUACCUACCAGCCUUAUCUCAUCCAGCCCCAGGACCUCAGGGACCAUGUCAACGACAUGGGCUUUGAAGCUGUCAUCAAGAACAGAGUAGCGCCCGUAAGCCUGGGACCCAUUGAUAUUGGGCGGUUACAGAGGACCGACCCAAAGACACCUUCGGCUUCUGAUAACCAGAAUCUCAAUAACUCUGAGCCCUCGGGACACCACGGGAGCCACGUGGUCACCCUGCAACUGAGAGUAGAUGGAAUGCACUGUAAGUCUUGUGUCCUGAAUAUUGAAGAAAACAUAGGCCCACUCCCUGGGGUUCAAAAUAUUCAAGUGUCCUUGGAGAACAGAAUCGCCCAAGUACAGUACGACCCUUCUCGUAUCACUGCAGACGCCCUGCAGAGGGCCAUUGAAGCUCUUCCGCCUGGGGACUUUAAAGUCUCUCUUCCUGAUGGAGCAGCAGGGGGUGGGGCAGGUAGCAGGUCUUCCGACCGGGCGGCCCCCGCCCCCGCCCCGAGAACCCAGGAGCCAGGCGUGUGCAGUACCGUGGUGCUUGCCAUCGCUGGAAUGACCUGUGCGUCCUGUGUCCAGUCCAUCGAAGGCCUGGUCUCCCAGAGGGAAGGGGUGCAGCAAAUAUCAGUCUCUCUGGCUGACGGGACCGGAGUGGUGCUCUAUGAUCCCUCUGUAAUUCACCCGGAAGAACUCCGAGCUGCUGUUGAAGAAAUGGGAUUUGAGACUUCAGUCCUUUUUGAAAACUGUUACAGCAACCAUGUUGGAAACCACAGUGCGGGGAAUUCCUCAGCGCACCCCACAGCUGGCGUACCUGUGUCUGUGCAGGAAGAGGCUCCCCAUGCUGGGGGCCUUCCUAAAAACCACAGCCCUGGCUCCUCGUCCAAGUCCCCGCAAGCCUCUACCACAGCAGCACCUCAGAAGUGCUUUUUACAGAUCACAGGCAUGACCUGUGCAUCCUGUGUGUCCAACAUAGAGAGAAACCUGCAGAAAGAAGCAGGUAUUCUCUCGGUGCUGGUUGCCCUGAUGGCCGGGAAGGCAGAGGUUAAGUAUAACCCAGAAGUCAUCCAGCCGCUGGAGAUAGCUCGGCUCAUCCGGGACUUGGGCUUUGAGGCGGCGGUAAUGGAAGACUACACAGGCUCAGAUGGCGACCUCGAGCUGAUCAUCACGGGGAUGACCUGCGCAUCCUGUGUUCACAACAUAGAGUCCAAACUCACAAGGACAAACGGCAUCACCUACGCGUCUGUGGCCCUUGCCACCAGCAAAGCCCACGUGAAGUUCGAUCCUGAAAUUAUCGGUGCACGGGAUAUUGUCCGAAUUAUCGAGGAAAUCGGCUUUCAUGCUUCCCCGGCCCAGAGAAACCCCAACGCGCAUCACUUGGACCACAAGGUGGAAAUAAAGCAGUGGAAGAAGUCUUUUCUGUGCAGCCUGGUGUUCGGCAUCCCCGUCAUGGGUCUGAUGCUCUAUAUGUUGGUGCCCAGCAGCGAGCCCCACGAGUCUAUGGUGCUGGACCACAACAUCAUUCCAGGACUGUCCAUUCUAAAUCUCAUCUUCUUUAUCUUGUGUACCUUUGUCCAGCUCCUUGGCGGGUGGUACUUCUACGUCCAGGCCUACAGAUCUCUGAGGCACAGGGCGGCCAACAUGGAUGUGCUCAUUGUGCUGGCCACCGGCAUCGCCUACACCUACUCGCUCGUCAUCCUGGUGGUGGCUGUGGCCGAGAAGGCGGAGAGGAGCCCCGUGACCUUCUUCGACACCCCCCCCAUGCUCUUUGUGUUCAUUGCCCUGGGGCGGUGGCUGGAACACGUGGCAAAGAGCAAAACCUCAGAAGCCCUUGCCAAACUCAUGUCUCUCCAAGCCACAGAAGCCACUGUUGUGACCCUUGGCGAGGACAACUUGAUCAUCAGAGAGGAGCAGGUACCCAUGGAGCUGGUGCAGCGGGGUGAUAUCAUCAAAGUUGUCCCCGGGGGAAAGUUCCCAGUGGAUGGGAAAGUCCUGGAAGGCAACACCAUGGCCGACGAGUCCCUCAUCACAGGAGAAGCCAUGCCCGUCACGAAGAAACCUGGAAGCACAGUGAUUGCUGGGUCUAUAAAUGCACACGGCUCUGUGCUCGUUAAUGCCACCCAUGUGGGCAAUGACACCACGUUGGCUCAGAUUGUGAAAUUGGUGGAAGAGGCUCAGAUGUCAAAGGCACCCAUUCAGCAACUGGCUGACCGGUUUAGUGGAUAUUUUGUCCCAUUUAUCAUCAUCAUUUCAACGUUGACGUUGGUGGUAUGGAUUAUAAUCGGUUUUAUCGAUUUUGGUGUUGUUCAGAAAUACUUUCCUACCCCCAACAAGCAUAUCUCCCAGGCAGAGGUGAUCAUCCGGUUUGCGUUCCAGACAUCCAUCACGGUGCUGUGCAUUGCCUGCCCCUGCUCCCUGGGCUUGGCCACGCCCACGGCAGUCAUGGUGGGCACCGGGGUGGCCGCCCAGAAUGGCAUCCUCAUCAAAGGAGGCAAGCCUCUGGAGAUGGCCCACAAGAUAAAGACCGUGAUGUUUGACAAAACUGGCACCAUUACCCAUGGGGUCCCCAAAGUCAUGAGGGUCCUCCUGCUUGUGGAUGUGGCCAUGAUGCCCCUCAGGAAGGUUCUUGCUGUGGUGGGGACUGCGGAGGCCAGCAGCGAGCACCCUUUGGGCAUGGCAGUCACCAAGUACUGUAAAGAGGAAUUGGGAACCGAGACCUUGGGAUACUGCACGGACUUCCAGGCAGUGCCGGGCUGUGGCAUCGGCUGCAAAGUCAGUAGCGUGGAGGGCAUCCUGGCCCACGGCGAGCGCCAGCAGAGCAAACAGGCUGCUCCCCUGAGCAGGACUGGCAGCGUUCCCGAGGCGAUAGAUGCGACCCCCCAGACCUUCUCUGUGCUGAUUGGGAACCGCGAAUGGAUGAGGCGCAACGGCCUAACCAUUUCCAGCGACAUCAGUGACGCGAUGACAGAUCAUGAGAUGAAAGGCCAGACGGCCAUCCUGGUGGCCAUUGACGGCGUGCUCUGCGCCAUGAUCGCCAUCGCGGAUGCAGUCAAGCAGGAGGCAGCCCUGGCCGUGCACACGCUGAAGAGCAUGGGUGUGGACGUGGUUCUGAUCACAGGGGACAACCGGAGGACAGCCAGAGCCAUCGCCACCCAGGUUGGCAUCAACAAGGUCUUUGCAGAGGUCCUGCCUUCUCACAAGGUGGCCAAGGUCCAGGAGCUCCAGAAUGAAGGGAAGAAGGUCGCCAUGGUGGGAGAUGGGGUCAAUGACUCACCAGCCUUGGCCCGGGCUGAUGUGGGCAUUGCCAUCGGGACAGGCACGGACGUCGCCAUUGAGGCUGCUGACGUUGUCCUCAUCAGAAACGAUUUGCUCGAUGUGGUGGCUAGCAUUCACCUGUCCAAGAGGACCGUCUGGAGAAUACGCCUCAAUCUGGUGCUGGCGUUGAUUUAUAACCUGAUCGGAAUACCCAUUGCCGCAGGGGUCUUCAUGCCCAUCGGCAUCGUGCUACAGCCGUGGAUGGGCUCGGCGGCCAUGGCGGCCUCCUCCGUGUCUGUGGUUCUCUCAUCGCUGCAGCUCAAGUGCUAUAAGAAGCCCGACCUGGAGAGGUAUGAGGCGCAGGCCCAGGGCCGCAUGAAGCCCCUGACGGCGUCGCAGGUGAGCGUGCACAUCGGCAUGGAUGACCGGCGACGGGACUCCCCGAGGGCCACGCCCUGGGACCAGGUCAGCUUCAUCAGCCAGGUGUCUCUGUCCUCCCUGAAGUCCGACAAGCUGUCUCGACACAGUGCUGCGGCUGAUGAUGGUGGGGACAAGUGGUCUCUGCUCCUGAAUGACAGAGAUGAGGAGCAGUGCAUCUGAAAGCUCCAGGCGGGUGCAGAGCCAGGGGUCCGUCUCCUCAGUGAGUAGCCGGCCCGGCUUUCCCCGUGGCCGAGGCUCAGGCCAAACAGGUGCAGCACUAGCAGCAGGAUGGGCGAAGCUCCCCUCCAGCCAUGGGGACUUCGACUCCCUGGACAUUCCUGGUCAUCCCUCCUAGCAUGUGCCACGUCCAGAUGUGGCUCCUGGGUAGGCCCCGCCCCCACCCCACCCCCACCCCCUGUGCCUGGAUCCCACCAGCACAGGGGCCAGGCUUCCCGGGCUGACCAUGCUGUUGGCCUGGGCUUGUCGGGAACCUUGCUGGACUCUAGCAGAGGAGAGGACAGCCAGCCCUCCUCGCAGACCUCUGCUUUAGUGUUUGGAAUGACUGCUUAUAAAAUGAGGAAAAUCUCACCAGGACCAAAAACUUAGCUGGGCCUUUCCUUAGAACUCACGAGAAGCCUUGUGUUGGGUUCUUUUUGACAACACCCACAUGCGUUGCGUAUCUGAGACCACAGUUUACCUCAAAUACACCCCACUGACGUCUGCCGGCAUCGUCUCUUCCUUUUCUGUUCUUAACACUGGGGCCAGCCCACCCCAGCCCACCCCUGCCAGAUCUCUUGACAGCAGGACCCUAGUGAUCCCUGCUGUUGCCCUCAGGCCCGCAUCUGCUCCCUCUCGCGCCGGCCAGAGAGCCCACCUUGCUUCUCUUCAGGCUGAGGAGAGUUCUCUCCUGACUGUGUGCCCCCUGGCCACGGAGUCCUGGCUUCUCGCUCCUCGGAAUGGUGUGCUCUUGUGGAUUGUUGCCGCCCCGCUGGAGUGAGGGUCUCAGAGCCUGAGACCUGGGAAAUCCUGCCUCCUGUGGGGUCCAGGUCCUUGGGACAUGCGGAGGCCUGUCGUGCUUGAAACCGCGUCCCGUGGGGAGGUGUGUGCGCUUGCCAGACCGCCUUGCACACCUCCAGGAGCUUCAGUGACAUGGUCUGCUAUGGGACUGUCAGCUCGCGGAGUUCAGUAGAGUUCACGUCCGUGGUGCUCCUGCUGGUGUCCAACUGCACGGAAACGCGUACCCGAAGAAGAGGGAAUCACACUCUCCAGCAGCUUCUGCUUGUGCACACGGGGCCGGCGCCUUAGGAAAGGAGUGACCACUGCUGCCCCAAGGGAGAGCGUGUUUCACACUUUCAGUGGCUCUUUGUGAUUGUAGGAAGUCAGAGGGGCAGGAAUGGGGCCGGUUUUAGACAGUCAAGUCGGCGGUGAUUGGCGGAACCACAUGGUAGUACACGAGUAGAAAGAAAAUAAAUUUUAAGGUAGAGAGAGCCCUUAUCACACACAAAAUAGUUUUAUUUAUUGAGUACCAGUUAUGUUUCAGGGACAGUGUAAGCACUUUUUCUAGGCUACUUGUAAUCUUCCCAACAAACCAGCCAAGUAGAUACUGCUGUCCACGUUGGACGGGCAGGGCGGUAGGCUCAGAGAGGCUGGGUAUCCCGCCCAGGAUCGCACAGCCCGCACACAUGCCAAAAUAGGGAAGUCUUUUCUCCGCGGUGGCUGCCACCAGAAUAUCAGUUGGCAGGAAUAAACAGGAAAAAGCCACCUGCUCCUAGAAGAACAAGUCUGCCAGGUGAUCGAUUCAUUGUUAGCGACUUGGAAUGAAACUUGAUCUCGGGAUCAGCUCACCUUUCCCUGGGAUGGUUUGUUUCCAUUUUUGCCUAUAAUCUCGUGUUGCUGGGUCUUACCCCCUACAAUCCUGCAGUGGGUUCCAUUGUGUUCCUGUCGUUUUCAGUCUUCCUUUCCCUCGGGCCUCUUCCUGCCCUGUCCUUCCUUUAUUCCUGGCUGUGCUCAGGAGGGUUUCUUGUUUUCUAACUAGGUUAAUCAUUGUCUAAAGGAUCUAAUUGUAUUGAUUUCACAAAGGCUUUUUAGGACCAUAAACCUCAUGUGUAUAUGGCCGUGAAAAUAUUUAUAUAAUUGUACAGAAUAUAACCUUUAGAUGUUCAGGGGGUAAGAAUUUUUUGUGUGUCAGAUAAGAAGAGUUCCUGUUUCAAAAACUUUCCAUGCUGUAUUAGAAUAAAGUUUAUUUUUAUUCAUCUAAA